AUGGUGUUCCAUUUGUCAUCUACUGCUGUCUCUCAAUACGAAACAGAUAUCGAUUUGACAGGUCGUUUUGAGUUGGAACGUGCAGUGCGGAUUCUGUGUUACGUGAACACUAUACCGGAAACGUAUGAGAACAAAGCGAGACACGUGAUGAACACAUGGGCGCGGCAAUGUACCAAGGUGAUUUUUAUCAGCUCGGAAGAUAGUACGGAAUUGCCGGUUAUCAAUUUGAAUUUGACAUUCAAAGAAAAUCGGAAACAUUUGUGGAGAAAAAUGCAAUCCGCUUUGCUCUAUCUGUAUGGAUUCCGAAACGAUUAUGACUUUUUCUUCAAAGCGGACGAUGACACGUAUGCGACUGUGGACAAUUUGCGUUACGCAUUGAAGGAUUUGAAUCCGGACGAGCCGAUUAUUUCUGGCUAUCCGUUCACGCACAUCAUAAAAAGUGGGCAUCUAUCCGGUGGGGCUGGUUACGUUCUUUCGCGGGCCACUUUGAAAUUGCUGGUGGAAAAAGCGUUGAAUAAACAUCCGGAAUGUCCAACAUUUGAUGAGGAUUUGGAAGAUGUGAAAAUUUCUAUGUGCGCGUAUGCAGUUGGGGCCCGGUUUGUGCCACUGGUCGAUCGGCACAGCACGAUCCCUUAUCACGUGGACGACUUGCAUCAGAACGAAUAUCGAUUUCAGUGGAUGGAUUUGAAAUCGCUGUUCGACUGGGAAUUGCCGUACAAAAAGGCUGCCCUAACGGAUUCCGUGCACUCGACUGUUCCGUUCAUUCGUGAUGAUCACGAGUAUGGAUUGUGGCAAGUGAAAUUGGUCCCUUACAUGGAUCAGCAUCUAGGUAGAAAGAAGUCAAAGAAGACAAAUUUGAAAAACAACAUUUCGCUUUAA